AUGGAGACGACAUUUAUCUCGAUUCACGACCUCACGCCCGAGGCACGCAUUCUCUACUCCUCCGACUCCGUCGUUGACAUCCUAGGCUAUACACCCGAUGAGAUUGUCAAUCGGUCUGCAUGGGAGUUCUUCCCAGCAGACGAACUACCAUACGCUCAAAAAUUCCAUGAGAAGCGCGUGCAGAUGGACAAGGCCGCCGUCCUCGCAUACUGCAGAGUAAGAGAUCGGGAUGGAAGAUGGAUAGGAUGCGAGUGUUGUUUUACGAUUGUCUACGACGUAAUGAUAGUUUGUACUAGCAUAUACAAGCAUGGGCUGGCCAGCGAAAAACGAGCCCUUGAAGCGCCAAUGGUCCGGCGCAUGUUCUCUUCUUCACCACGCGACCCACGAUAUCACAUGCUUUCACACAUAUCAGCUCGAUUCAAGCAGGACCAUAAGGUCAGCGAGCACGAACCUCGAGCAGCGCUUUUCCUCAAUAGGUUCACGCGAACACUUACGAUCAUGUAUGCUACGAGCGGCCUGCAAGAUGUCAUUGGCAUACCUGCAGAAGCUAUGCGAGGACGAAGCUUCUACUACUGUAUUGCAGAGAAUUGUUUACAGGACGCGGUGAAGUGCUUAGAGAAUGCGAAGGGGAAUGAUUCGAUAGCAUACUUGCGAUUCUGGUUUCGCGAUCCACGGGUAGACGAUCAACGGCCACCGCCGGACGACGAUAGCGAUGAUGAAAUGACCGGGACUGAAUUCAGUGUGGCAAGUUCGGUGGACGGUGGCGUGCAAUUACAGGGCCAGGACAACACAUCGCCAGCUAGUGCUGGCUCCACAAAUUCUAGCGCCGUGCGGUCGUCAACCAGCAUGGAGGUAGACCGCCAGGACGAUAACGAGCCAAACUCGAGAACCUCGUCGGGCGAUAGCACGAACGCUGUCGACACACAUGAAGCCAUAUUUGGCACUACACUUCGCGCUGAAGAGUCCGUGUCAUCACUCGGAAGCUCACCAGAUCGUGAUCGGAGAGCACCCUCACGGCCUGCCCAUGUCGAUCCUGUAGAACUGGAGGCAGUCGUCUCUUGCGCUUCAGAUGGUUUGGUAGUCUGCUUACGGCGAGCACGACCAAUGAUACCACACCCGACACACCGACCGGGACGACCUGUGUAUGAGAAUGGACUCUUCGCAGCACCAUGGGCACAGGAACCAAUGUUACCACCCGUGGAGCGCAGAUCUGGUGCAGGAUUUGGACCGACCUUUGCGCCUGCACUUGGGCCGCACGGCGCACGGCCACAAUCUGGAUCUCCUAUCCGGGCAGCGACAAGAGACCAGCACGAUUUUAUGGCUGCAAUUCGCGAUCAGGCUGUCUUUGCCUGGGCUCUCACGGGUAUCAACGGCACGCUUGCGAAUGCGGCGAUGGGCAAGGCGACUGGGGAGUCAGUCCCACCGGAUGGAUUUCCGAUCUGGUCGUGUGAUACGCAAGCGACAUCUGGGUCGGAAAGCGAGAGGAGUCCAAGUAGUGGGUAUUCGAAUGGGCACGAUCGACAACGAGCGCAGAUGUUCGGCGAUCCUGGCCUACGAAGAAAUGGAGGGUGGUCGGGUGCCAAUGGUAGUCCUGGACAUUAUACGACGAACGGGAAUGGGCACACACCUGAUGGUAUUCCAUGA